AAAUCAGACUUUGACCCCCUUGAUACCAAUUCAAAGAUCAUAUUCCAAUUGGUGUAUUAUAUGUCCUCAAAAGCUCUUAUUCAGAAAAGGAAUCCAGCUUAUGUGUGUUGUAUGAAGUUCAGAUUAACUGUGACUGUUGAAACCCAUUCAAGGUUGAUACUCAAGGCUGCCACAGUAUUCGCUAGUGUUAGAGGAUCUGUGUUGUUGAACCUGAACAUUUUCUUAAUAGUUCAACAAAUUAGAGCUGUAAGCACAAGUAUCAAACACUUCAUUCAAGAGAAGAGAUAAUAAAGUUCAUCAUGUCUGCUGGAUUUGACCCAAGUGCGGAGUUGACACUCUUUGCUACCUAUGCUACCAUGGUAUUACUCAAGAUGCUCCUGAUGGCACCAAUGACGGCUUACCAUAGAUUAACCAAAAACGUGUUUGCCAAUCCCGAGGAUGCGACUGGCCACAAUCAGAAAGACAAGAAACCAAUCUUUAAUGAUCCUGAUGUUGAAAGAGUACGAAGAUGCCAUUUGAACGACCUUGAGAACAUUGUACCCUUCUUUGGCCUUGGUCUCCUGUAUGCUCUAGUAUCCGGGGCUUCAUUGACCACCAUCACCUGGCAUUACCGUGUGUUCGUCAUCUCUCGUAUUCUCCACACCGUGGCUUACAUCGGCGCACUGCCCCAGCCAAGUCGUGGCCUCUGCUUUUUAAUUGGUAUGCUGGUCAAUGUUUCGAUGGCGGUACAGAUAUUGAGAAACGCCGCCCAGUUUUAAUCCGGAACAUCCGACGUUUGCCUUCUUUUCAUACUUCCUUCUAUAAAACAGCAUUCAAACCACUAAUGAAGAUACCCUGUAUAAUAAAUGAGUCAUCAAAAGAACUCUUGAAAUUAAAAUGCUUUUUUUGAGGGAGGUAAUUCUCAAUUCAUCCUGAUUUUUAUAUAAAUGGGAUAGUUAUUAAGCUAUUAUAUUCUCCUCUGUACUUCAAAUAUACUAUAUGUUUAAAUUUCCAGCAAAGUCACAAUGUUGAUAUAGUCUACUAUGAUCGGGAAGUGACAUGAUGAGGCAAUAAUAAUGAGAGUGCACAACACGGCAUAUGGGGAAGUUUACAAAAGUCCCAUGUUUGGCCUUUUUAAAUGAAUUUUGUAAUAGAUUUUGACCUAGUAAUUGAAAAGUUGUUAUAUUUUUCAACAUGUUCCUCUGCUUUUCUACUGAAGUUUUUUGUCUAUGUUUGUUGAGAGACAGUGCCACCAUCCUCCCGAAGGAAUAGAUGUAUUUAUACAUUUAUAUAUUUAUCUACUAACUGCUGAUUGCCUGGUUGCAUCAUGUUGGUGGUUUUGAUUUAUUUACCAUUUCAUUUUCAAUAAUAAUACGUUGCUUGUAUAGUGCAUAUCACAGCCCAUGGGCGUGUUUAUGCGCUUUAAUAGGAAAAUAGACAAAGAAAGAGAGAGGAUUAAAGUUAAUAUGUAGACAGUCUCAAUCAAAAAACAUAAGUUUUGAGGUGACUUUUGUAUGCAGAGCAUGUAGAUGCCUCCUUAAUGGAAGAAGGGAUCGUAUUCCAAAGUUUAGGGGCACAAUGACAAAAUGAUCUCUCCCCAUAGAACUUGGUCUGAACAACUGGACACUUCAGCAGAUAUCUCUGAAGAUCUCAGAUUACGUAAAGGGACAUAUCUUAUUGAUUUCUCACUGAGAUAUUCUGGGGACAUUGAUAGGUAUAAAAUAACUUGUAAUGAAUGCAUUUUAUUCCAUUUGCCCACUUGAUUGUUUUCUUGAACUGAUUCAAUAUCUUUUGUGUGUGUUUUUUGUGUAUUAUUCUGCAUUCAUCCAUUAUAUCAUUGUAAUAUUGAUAAUGCUCAUUUUCUUAAUCCUUUAACCUUCAAACAUGUACAAUAAAGUCUUUAUAAUUCAACUGAAACUUUAAAUAUCAAUAAAUCAAAAUGAAGACCUCA